UCACAUCCUUUGACAAAAGUAGAUAACACAAGGCACCCUGGUCUAAACCGAUCUUUCUUGUCAGAUAUGCAACCAAGAUGAAUAAAAAGUACUUGUACGACGUUUGUACACAAGGAUUGACGUUGUUAUAAUAGUUUUCAGACUAUUUUUUCUUCUUUUGACUGAAAAGCCUGGGAAAGUAAUUGUCUUUUUUUUACGCCUCAUUCUUGAUGCUGUUUUUGUUGCUUUGGAUUGCUCUCAGGUCAAAUGUCUUCACUUUGUUAAAUUCAUCAGCCAUAAUGGCGCGCUGUGGUUCAUCGGCAUGGCCGCCUCUCUUGAACUAAAUUUUCCUAAUCUUUUCCAUUUUUCAUCAUCUUUUGUAUUUAAUACAAGGAGGUUCCGGGCCGAAUCUCGUCAAAACCCCGAACCCGAAACCACAACCAUGUAAUAUUAGUUUCAUCAUCAAUGAAUACAACAUCAUGAAAUUUAUCAUCUGACUAGACAAGUGACUUACAUUUCCGAGCCGCUUUUUCUUCUUUCUUAGUCUUCCAGUUGCUCUUCCAUCGAUAUAUGCAUCCGAGAGUUGGAAGACAUCCUUUUCUCGUUUCUUUCUUUGUAUUCUUCUCCAUGUAUCAAAGAUCUUUCGUUUUUGUGUUGUAACGGAAUUAUGUAUAAAGAGUAGAGAUAAUAUUUGACUCUGUUGGGCUGAUUAUGCUACAGCGUGUACUAUGUUUACCAAAUAUAUAAACGGUUUCAUGUGAAAUGUGUGUUAUGAAGAGAUAACGAAUAUGUCAUGAGAUACGUAACCGCUGACGACUUCAUCCUUGCUUCUGAUUAAUUCUUUCUUUGGUUGAUUAUAUUCAUUUAACAAUUAAAUUUAUCAUGAUUUGAUCUUAUUAUCUUAAACUGAAUAUAUGUAUGCAAGUAAAACUGACAUAUCAUAUUGAACGCGUUAACGACGACGAGUUCGUUGAUUUUUUUUUGUGUGUGCGCUUAUCUUCGUUCUUUGGCCGGCAUGCAAUCCUUUUGUUAUUUACCUUUUAGUUGUAUCUUGGGAUAUCUCAGUGAGCUAAGGACAUACGCAUGAAUCUAGUUAGUAUCAAAAAAAAGAAAGAUUUGAGAUAUCUUUAGAAAUAUUAGGUUUUGCAUUAAACCAUUUCCAUCUAUUUAAUAUUGAAAAAGUGUUUUGAGUUUUGACGUUUUCAAACAGCUGUUUUCUCAGAUUCUUGUGUAUAAGCUGCCCGCAAGCCAACCAUACUAGAUACAGCCAGUUAAGCAUAAACAUAAACCAGCCUUUUAAAAGAUUAUACAGGAAAAUGGAACAUGUGUCUCUUGCCUUAGUUCAACUAGCUAGUUGAUAUCCCAUCUAAUAUAUACUAAAGAUUCAUACAAUGGUGACAAAAAUCUAUUUGGCAAUACACAAAGAGCGGAUACUGGGUUUCCCAUAACUUAUUUAACUUUGUUCCCCUUUGGCAAGCAUUGUAUCUAGCUGCAUUUCCGUAUAUUAAUUAUAAUCGUCAAAACCGAAAAGUUCUGAGAGAGAGAGUUCAUGAAGCUAACACGAAACAGAAUAAACUAUAAAUUACUCUUUGCUAUGACUAAUUUUAUUGAUUAGUAAUAUGAAAUAUUUAAUAUAUUGACGACAACUAUAUGAUAGGAGCCGGAGGGAUCGUGUUGAAGAUUUAUUUUAGGAAUAAAAAAAACAGUGUUGCAAAACAUCCAAAUGGAUUUGGGAUAUAAUAAUUUGUUUACUGUUGAGAUGACUUGCAUUAUUUUUUAUGAAUGAUUUUCAAAUUCAGAUUCUAUUUUCGAAUAAUAAGAUGAUUGAUGUAUAGAUAGUUUUAGAUGAAUUAAAAUAUUACAUAACAACAUUUGUUUAUGGGGACUCAGUUUUUGCUAUUUCUAGAGAGAGACCUUGGUUUAUGAGAGAUUUCAAUGAAAUAACAUGCUAUCCUCAAAGAGAAUUGGAGGCAAGAGAAGAGAAGGUCUGAUACCUCUUUUUUGCCUUUUUUAACCAAAAUGAUCACGGAUUGUGGCAGGCAUACUUGAGUUUCCUUAUACGAGAAAUCAAAUGUCAUGGGCAAAAAAAAAGUUGUGGUUAUGUUUGGUGUCAUUUGAACCAAAUUUUAGGAAAUGAGGAUUGGCAUGAGAAAUUUUCUCACAUAAAAGUUCAAUAUCUUCGUAUGCGAGGUCAAAUCAUCGUCCAGUACUUGCAGAUAUCUUGUCCAUACCAGCCAGAAAAGAAAAAAUUUCAAAUUUGAUAAACGGUGGAACUCACCUCACAUACCAUCUAAUCCAAAUAUCAUGGAGCAUAUCUCAAAUUGUAGGAAAGCUGUAAGACAGUGGAAACGACAGAAUGAUUUGAACUCGAAAAAGCAAGUUGAAGAUGUUAAAGCGAAGGUGUGUAAUCUCUACGCAGACAAUGAUGCCACAACGGAAAAAAAUGAGCAGCUUUACAUGAAUUGUCUUAUGCUCUGAAGGUAGAUGAGCGAUAUUGGAAGCAAAAUAGCAGAUUUGUCUCUUUUUUUUUUUUUUUUUUUGCUUAGAGAUUGUGCUGUUGUUAUUGUUGCUUUGAAUUUCUCUCAAAUCAAAUGUCAUCACUUUGUUGAAUCCAUCAGCCAUAGUUGCGCGCUGUGGCUGCUUGGCACAUUUGUAUUACUUGUAUUGAGAAACUCUAUAUUGAGAGGAAGCUUAUGAUAGUUUUAAGUUGUUUUAUUCAUAUUAUUAUGAUAGUUUUAAGAACUUGGAAGUAUAACUAAUCAGAAUUUGUAUCAUUUAAUGGAACGUAAAGUUUUUCCAAGUUUUUACAGGGUUACACAAAAAUUAAAGCAAAAUAAUACGGAACUUUACAAAGUUUGACAAACAAAAAUAAGAAACUUUGACUAAUUCUUAACGGGUUACACAAACUUGCAUUGAUUGCAAUGAUUGAUUUUUUUUCUUUACUUCUUGUAUUGGUUGAUAAUGGUUGAUUUUUUUACGUAGCGUCUUUCUCGCUUUGCUCAACUCCAACAACAUUUUUCCAUUAUCACUUUCACCGUUCUUCUCCCUUACACCCUUACCAACACUCUCUUUUUCAUCUCUACACAACCUGAACCACCAUUUUUCUCACUUUGUUCCAUGUUUCCACCAUCAGAGAUUGCAUGGUUUCACUUUCCUUCUCUAAAAGCUGAAUUUGAAAAAAAAAAUUAAGUAUAUCAAAUUAAGCCAUCAUUAUAAAUUGCACAUAGUAAUACUGAAUUAUAUAUUAUAACAGUUGAAAUUAUACUAAGUUGUACAAAGCUUUAUACUUGCACUUAGUUUCACUAAGUUAUACUAUUUUGGGUUCGUUUUUCUCCUUUCACUGAAUAAUUCAUGGUUCAUUAUUUUUUCUGAGAAAGAUUCGACGUCUCUUAUUGAAAUUUUUUUUUUUUUCUCCAGUGAUUAAAGGAUGAAAGGAGAACAGUGGGAUUGAAAAAAUUAUUUAUUUCAAAAAAGAAAGAAGAAAUAGGAAAAAUGAAUAAAACCUAAAAUACUUAAGUCAAUUUUGGAAUUUUGAAGAUAAUGAAUGCAUUGACCAAAUGGAUAUUCAAUUAGAUUGAAUAAUUCGCCGGGUUAAACUAUAAUUAUUUAAAAUUUUCUCUGAUUUUACAGUCGUUUACUCUAUUUUAAUUUAAAUAAAUAUUUAUUAAAAUAGGAAAAUAGACAAAAACAUUUGAAAUUGUUAUUUUUGGCGUGAGGAGUAUACGAGACUUUGAUCCAUUCUGGACCUCUUGAUUCAAUGGAUGAUAAAAAAUGUUUCUCAAAAUCUGCCAAUUUCUGUAACAAAGAACCCAUUCUUAUCCUUGGCAAUAUGUUUACACCUCCGAUAAAUUCUUAACUUGAAUUAAAGCAUUAUACAAAACAACUCGAUGCUUUAAUUUUGUUCUGGAUUGAUUCUAUAAACUGGGUAUAUUAUUUCCUAGCUUCGAAGAAAUGGUUAGGGUCUUUCUUAUAUCAUUUACAAAAGUGACGAAUAGGUAUAUGUCCAUAUAACACGGUAUUAGUUAAAGACAAUAAAGUAAGAGACGCAGCUACAUUCUACCCACAUAUUAUAUAGAAAGACUGAAAUUGUUAUUACUCUUCCCAUCUAUUAUAUAAAAAAGAUUCAACUUGUUUUUAUUUUAACCGUCUAUAAUAUCAUAAGACCCAAAAUGUUUUGAGUCUAACCAUCAAUCAUAUAAGAGAAUAUAAUAAGAUUUAAAUUGUCUGUAUUCGUCAAGAUUUUAGUCGUCCAUAGUUUACUAUUUCAUGUUGUAGCUCAGGUGACUCGACUAAUCGUUAUUAUAUUCACUAAUCAGUAUAAGAAAUCGUAUAAAUAAACGGCAAAGCAAAGCUUUAGUGAGCAAGCUGCAAGGUUGCAAUCAUAUGCCUCCUUUGUUAUCUCUCUUCACUCUAUAAUAUUUUCUAUUUUUAGAAAAUGAAUUUUUGUUGUUUCUGUUUCAAAAAGAAGAAGGAGACUGUACCAGAUGGGGCAAAGGAACCAGAAGUCAAGAUCCAGCAGCAAGAUGAAGGCAAACGACCUAUUAACAUAAAAAAAGCAAGUAAACCGCUCAAUGGUGAUGCCAGCAGCUCAAACGGGACAGCAUCGCAAAAUUAUAGUUUCUUGGAGCAGGCAAAAGGUGUCGGGGCGGGUGCUGCUGCGCAGGUGAACGCUAUAGGUGUCGGUGCGGCUGAGAAUGUAAAAGCUAUCGGUAAGGGUGCGUUUAACCUUCUUCCUAACAAUAUAAAAGGGUAUUUUGGAAAGAAGAACGAUAGAAAAGAACCAAGGGCAGUGAAACCGCAACACUGGAAGGAAGAAGAAGAGAUGAGACAAAAGAGGAUCAGGCAGGAGAAGGAGGAAGAGAAUAGGAGGCAACGAGAUUUAGCGGAAGAAAAGAGAAAACAAGAGAAGAUCAGGCAGGAGAAGGAAGAAGAAGAGAGGAGGAAACGAGCUUCGGAAAAUAACUCAGGUGCUUGCAUCAUCUUGUGACAACACAAAUCUUACUUUCCUCUAGUUUAUUUUCAUUUUUUUUAUUUUUUGAGUUGGCGAUCGGUUUGAGCUCCAUGAACUACAAUUUCAUCUCAUCUUCUAAAAUAAAAGAUUGUAUCCUCAUUUUCUCGUGGUACAGUUUUUGUUGAUUAACAAUAAGAUAUGUGUUAACCAUCUGAUGCGCAGAAGGAACCUCAAUGGUGGCAGGAAUCACAGGAAGUUUGUUGAGCGCCAUAUCCACAGUAACAAAUGCAUCUGCGCAAGCACUAGGAGCCGUACAACGAAGUACAUCCACGCAAGCACAACGAACAGGAGAAACAAGUACAUCAACGCAUACACAAGGAACUUGGCGACCAAGUACAUCAACGCACGCACAAGGAACUUCGCGACCAAGUACAUCUACGCAAAACCCAUAUUCAUCUCAAAGAGGAAACACGACCAGUUGAAAAUAAAGGGGAGAACGGCGGGUAUUCCAGUUUUCAUGAUAAUGUUUCGAGUCCAUGAACUAAAAAAUUCAUCUAUCUACUACAAUAAAGUUUGUGUCCUUAUUUGCUAUUGUAUUUUAUCAAAUGUUGUAUUUCUAUUGUUUUGUGUGCCUUAAGACUUGAUCAUCCAAGUUAUGGUUGUUGAAUGAUAUCCUUGUGUUUGGUUAACUAAAAUCGAGUGUUCUUCAGUUCAAUAAAUAAAUAAAAUAUAUAUCGAGUCUUCUGAAAAUCAUUAUGAAUACAAAGCUCAUGUAAUUUGAUCAAUGAUCAUUGACGUUUGCGUGAUAUUAUAGCAAUUUUGUUUCGAGUUUUUCUUGCUUCUCUAGCAGAUACAUAAACAAAUGAAAGACAUGCUAGUAUCGUUAUACAUAAUUUAGCAAUCAGCUCGCGCUUAGACAUUUGCAUACAAAAUGAAUGUAGUUUUGUGUAAUUUUUGUAAAUGAUUAUACAUAUUGAUGAAGUGCAAUGAAUACUGUUUAAUCGCAACAUAACUAACAUAUAUGUGUACCCAUAGGAGUCUGCACAUUUCAGUAGCCGAUAAAGAAGAACAUAUUCUAAAACGAGUUGAAUAAGGUAAAUGGUAAAAAAAAUGUACAUUUGGAUUGUAGAAAUAGUGUAUUUGUGCAUAGCAAAACCUUGUUUUACAAUUUAGCCACAAAAUCACGUUUUCUCGUAAAAAUUACAAAAUCAUAUUUUCUGUUAAAAUCAUAAAAUUACUUUUUUUGGAGGGUCAAAAUCACAAAAUUGCAUUGCCUAUCAAAACUGCAAAAUUAUAUUUUUUUUUUUGUAAAACAAAAACCAUAUUUUUUGCCGACUCUUUAAAAUAAAGUUUGUCGUCAAUAUUGAAAAAUUAUGUUUUAUGUCAAAAUCGCAAAAUUGAAGUUUUCGGCUUUACUUGAUUUUAUGAAUGGGAAAAUUGAAUUUUGUGAUUUUAAUAUGAAAAUACUUUUUUUUUGCAGUUUAACAGAAACAUUAUUUUAUGAUUUUGAUGAAAAAAUGCGAUUUUGCGGUAUUUUAUGAAAAACAUGAUGUUGCGGUUUUGGGUGAGAAAACAUAGUUUUAUAGUUUUGGUAGGAAAAUGUGAUAUUGCGAGUUUGAUGAAAAACCUUGAUUUCAUGGUUUGGUGAUUGAUUGUUCUAGUAAGUGUUAAAGUAUCUUAGAGUGUCGUAUAGUUGUGAUAAAAACUCAAAGUAUGUCAUCAGUGUAAACCACGUGAUUUAAUUGUAUUAUUUUGUAAGAAAUCAGAACAUAGCAUUGGAUAAAUAGAGUUCGCCCUAGAAGAAACCUCCCAGGCCCGGUUCCCGAUGUGCGCCGCUCGGAUGGAUCUGCUCCGCUCCACCGCCGCCGUUUAGGUUUCUUCCUCCGAAGAAGCUUCCUCCUUCAUGUUUCUGAUGGCGACUGCUCCUCUCCCGCUGCAUUCCAGGCCUCCUCCGGAUCCACCACCGUGUAAGUUUCCCCCGCUGGGAUCUUUCUCUCCCAUCGAGCCGCUGGAACCACCAGACCCUCCAGAUGCACCUGCUCUUCUUCGUUUACUCAUCAACUUAUCCAGUGUAUCUCCUCGAGCGUUAGCCCAAACCCUAGAUCUGGAUUUUCCAGUUUCGACAUCUGAGACCAGAAGUGUUCCUCUCCAUCACAGUGAUAUUGUAACUUGUCUCUGUACCAUUAUUGCCAAGUACGUGGUUGCCGCUAGACUUCCCUCGCCAGAGACACCAUUGCUAGCUUAUAUUUCUCUAUGCGGUAACUUCUUCCCAACUAUUGGUUCCUUUAUGAUAGUUGAAUCCACCCUUUACUCUGCUAUAGAGUGUUUGCUGCCUGCUACCUCCUACUCUGCUAUAGAGUGUUUGUUUCCUGUUGCUUCCUUCUACUCUGCUAUAGAGUGUUUGUUGCCUAUUACAUCUUGGUUUCAGAUCUGUCUAACUUUUUCUAGAGUAGAAUACUUAAUGUUGAAUUGCAGAUUUUCAGCUUGGUUGUGGUUUCAGAUCUUCAUUAUCAUCACUCUUAUGAAACCAACUUCAACUUCCAUAUUACCAUUGUUUUUGUAUCGUUGCUGCUCAUGUUUUGCACGGUCAGCCUUUGGAUUGGAAGAUUGCUCUACAGAUGAUUUGUUCUCUGUAUUGUUCAAAGGCUCAGCAUCUUGGUGUCAUAUCGCCUCUGCUAUUGUAGCCAGUAUUACGAUUGUUAUUUCUGCACUAGUUGCAGUACCAAUCACAAGCACUAGUUCACUGAUUGUGUUCUUUGUUUUCUAUGGCGUCAUUCCACUGCUUAAGCCUAGUAUUGUCGAGAUACUACGACGUUUCAGCAAUGUUAGUUGUUUAUGUAUAAUGAUUGCUUCUAUCUUUGUGUUUUUGCUUGUCUUUUCUUGCAGCAAAGUUGUUAGCCAGUAUGGCUUUGUUAUCAUCUUUGUAAACAAUUCCUCUUCUAAUGGAGACUAGUUAUUUAUAAAAUGUUGUUUGAUAAAAAAAAAAAAUUGUAUUAUUUUGAAUUUGUG